CUAAUAGGAUUACCUUGCACAAGCUGCGAUGCCCAGGGAGCAUCUCAGCUUGCAGCUCUAUUUAUGGCAUGUACUAGGAACAUUCACGGCUAUGUUUAUCAUUAUUUUUUGCUAGUCUGAACACAUUUAAUUCCCAGUAAUCAGACCAUCUAUGGGGUGAUGUGUUGAAAAAUUAAUUGGCAUAGCAUCAGCUGAGUGUAAUGGGGUUGUUGGAUAAACUGACGGGCUGGCUCGGCCUGAAGAAGAAAGAGGUCAACGUUUUGUGUCUUGGACUGGACAACAGCGGCAAAACUACCAUCAUCAACCAGCUCAAACCACCUAAUCAUUCGAAUCAUUUAGGCCCAUUGUCAGAAGAGUGGAAACAUGUUAGUCAGACACAGGCACAAGAAAUCGUCCCAACAAUUGGCUUCAACAUCGAAAAGUUCAAGAGUUCAAGCCUGUCCUUCACAGUCUUUGAUAUGUCUGGGCAGAGCAGAUACAGGAACCUGUGGGAGCAUUAUUACAAAGAGAGCCAUGCUAUCAUAUUUGUCAUUGACAGCAGUGACAAGCUGAGAAUGGUUGUUGCUAAAGAGGAGCUAGACACUCUUCUCAACCAUGAAGAUAUAAGCAGCAAAAGGAUACCAGUAUUAUUCUUUGCUAACAAGAUAGAUCUGCAGGAUGCAAUGUCUUCUGUCAAGGUCUCGCAGAUGUUGUGUUUGGAGAACAUCAAAGACAAGCCCUGGCACAUCUGUGCCAGCAAUGCUAUCAAAGGAGAGGGCCUUCAGGAAGGGCUGGACUGGCUACAAGAUCAAAUUGCACAGUAAGUAUAAUUAUGCUUUACUGUUGUGACGGUGUUGUAAAACUGUGAUUGUAGAAUGUAUUUCUCUGUAUGGGAGGCCAAAUUUAAACACUCUCUGGGAAGUAAAUCCUGUCUAAAUCAGACCUUUCCUCCACUAUGUGUUGUAUUCUAUGUCCUGUUUCCAUCCAUAAUCCUCUGUAAAUACCACAAUUAGCUGAUUUUCUGUUUAAUAAAGGUUACUUUUUGUUUCCACACCCCUAGACAAAAAAGCCCAAUCACAAUUCUGUUUUCCUUUUGUCAGAUCAUUUGAAAACAAUGAACACAUGAAUGACUGAAAUGGCCGUGACUACGGACAAAGGGGACGUGGUAACUGGAUCUCAUUCAUCAUCUGGAGUAUUCAUCACACUUGAUGUUGUAGGCCUUAAACUUACAUGUCAAAUAACCUACAAAUUCCUGGGCACGCAAUAACUCUAAGAUCUACUUACCUUUGGGAAAAAAAGAAAAAUAUCAAAUAUAUUCUGAUUACUUAAAGCACUCCCUGAUAGAUUUCCUUCUUAUAUAUCAUUAUGAGCACACUCUGUAAACUAAAAAUAAUCAUUUAUACUGUUUCUGUAUACAGUAACUUUUUUUUUUAUUGAAGCUGCUUUUUUUAUUGACACAAUGCUUUCUUAAUUACAUCCUUUUUUGAAAACGCUGUCAAUGCUGAAUAUUGCACUGUCUAAUAAAAGCCUAUUUGCUGAGUGUA